AUGUUGCUUCCAACUGUGAGGUCUCCAUCUGUCAUCCAUCAUUUCUCUCUUUCCUGUUUCUUAUGGAAUGUGGUGCCCAGACUCCUGUGUAUUUUCAGUGCUAAUAUCCUUGACAUUUCUGCCUUCCGAAUCCAUCAUGUGAAAAGUGCAGAUAACUGCCAAGAUCAUACCAUAUACUCCUGGCCUGCUUUUGUCCUGGAAGGAGAACCCAUGGUCCUAAGAUGUCCUCAUUUACAACUCAAAAAUAUGAAACCUUUUGAUCUACCCCUUAACCUGACUUGGUACAAAAAUGGUUCAUCAACUGUUAUCCCUGCAGGACUCAAGGGGCCAAGAAUAAUGUCACAAGCUGAUGCUCUCUGGCUUUUACCAACCUCUCUUGAGGACACUGGGGAAUACAUCUGCACUCGAAGGAAUUCCUCUUACUGCGCUGAUGUGUCAUUGCAUUUAAAAGUUGUCAAAAGAAGUGAAGCCAAUAAUAUUUCCUAUCCUCAGAAGGCAUUCAUGUUUAGUUCCGGAAAGAUAGUUUGUCCUAAUCUAGAACAUUUUAUACGAAACAAUACCAAUUAUGAACUCAAAUGGUACAAGGACUCUACACGUCUGAACAUAGAUAAUAAGAAGUUUGCAGCUCUGAAAGGCACUGAUUAUCUUGUGAUCAAUUCCACCUCAUUGAAUGAUUCAGGCUAUUAUACGUGUGAAAUGACCUUUGAGUUUGAAAAGGCACAAUAUAAUAUUACCAGAACUGUUCAGCUACAGAUACUUGAUCAAAAGAAAAAAAACAGCCCCGUGAUUGUCAGUCCAAACGAAAUGAUUACAUUAGCAGCUCUCGGUUCACAUCUCAUCAUCCCAUGUAAAGUGCUACUUGGAGCAAAUAACCGUUCUCAGGCUGACGUCUGGUGGCUGGCCAACAACAGCUAUAUCAACACAAUUUACCCCAACAGCAGAGUUAAGGAAGGGGAAACUCGGAAACUUGUGGAAAAUAACGACAGAUAUAUUGAGGUGCCACUGAUCUUUGAGUCCAUCACAGAAGCAGAUUUUCAUACUGAUUUCAGGUGUGUGGCACAAAACAGUCGUGGGCAUUGUGUACAAACAAUGACAGUCAAGAAAGAAGAGAAAGAUCGCCAUUUGUCUUGGCACUUGGCAGUCAUUCCUGUGGCUCUGGCUGCUCUCAUCGUAGGAGGAAUAUACAUGAGUAAAUACUGGAAGCAAAGAUCUACCAAGGGAUAUGUUCUUGCCAGCUCCUAAAGAAUAUACUUUUGUAUCUUGCAUC